AUGAGUUUCGUUGGACUCAGCGGGUUCGACGUCCCAGGGAACGCGCCGUAUGGUCAAGGGGCCCCUGUGCAAGGGGCCUCAGGCGCCUCGGGAGCUCCAGGUGAACUGCGAGGAGGAGUGGCAGACUUCUUUGGGGGGGGAGCAGCCCCUGGCUUCGGCGGAGGCAAGUCACUCUCCCUCCCCGCGUGUGUGGACGCUCCAGAUCCUUCGAGAACUUCCUUACGGUUGGGGCAGUUCUAUGCCACAUAAGCAGCAUUGCCUGUCGCUGCGAUUGCUGCAGAGGAUUACUUUGGAGGGGGCGGCUUCCUACAAACCGGAAACUUUCUCACGCAAGCGCAACAGCCGUCAGGGCCCCAGCUGUCGCUAAUCCCGGUGAAAAUUGGUGAGUCCUAUUGUGCACUUCAAAAUGUGAGGGGAACUUGUCCGGCUUCUUUGUGUGAUGCAGCUCAUGUGUUCAAAGCAUGGAUGCAGGACGCCAGCUCGCUGCAGAUAUCGCUCUUCCCCUCGGGCCCUCUCCUGCACCUUGUGAAGCUCGUGGGAGUCCUCAACGUCCCACCGAGGGAGGCCCUCGAGGCGGCCCUGCAAACUGCCCGGCUUCAGUUCAGUCUUGACGAUUUCACAGGAAGGAUUGAAUGCGAGUACACUGUUGGCGACGAAUUGACUGAGUUCCGUCAGAAUCAAAUCCUUGAUGCGUUGUGUUGCGGGGGGCUGGUAACUGCUUUUGGAUCCAUUAAUCUGUUGGGCAAGAGCGAGCCUUCUCUGCGAGUACACGCUAUUCGGCAGACACAAUCUGCAGCGGAUCUCAUUUAUCAUGAAUCUGCAUGCCAAGCCUCUUACCUCCGCCUCAAGCACCCCAGUGAAGACCCUGAAGGCGCUGCUGCGGCUGCUGGCCAGCAGCCGCAGCAGCCGCCGAUGCUGCAGCAACACCUCCAGCAGCCGUUCGGUGCUCCUCAGGUGCGCUAUUCUAUUCGUUCUUAUGACACGUCUGUGCUCGUGAGGCUCACCUCGAGCGUGGCUCACGGCUGUGCAUUAGGCCUACUCUGUACGUUUCGUUUGUGUCCACAGCGCCUUCAGGGGGCACUACAGUCUGGUCAAGGAGCUGUGCCGUAUAUUUGCCUAUUGAACUCGAAUACUAAGGCACUUUCCCCUAACGGAAACAAGGGCUUGCUCCUCGAGCAAGCUGGCCCGCUUGUUCUUCGCCGAUUAAACGAAGAACAGCAAUACAGGCAAUUGCAGAAUAAUCUGAUAAUCUGUCAGUCUCUUUUCAUCUUCCCUUCGAUCAGUGCUUUAAUACAGACAGGAUUCAUCCAGCAGACUGUUGAGGUACAUGUUGCUAGCUUCGUCACCAAAUCUCUGCAAAACUUCGCAAAACUCCCAGUAUAUCAGCCCUGCCUUGUUUUGAAGCCAUGGUCGGCAGCCGACUUAUGGGAAAACGGCGACGCAUGUGCAGUCGUCGGUCGUGAACAAAAUCUCAGAACAGUACCACACAAGACCUAUACGACAAGAAAGACGCACGAAAGAAGGGAAGAUGUAAUCGACACUCUUAAAGAAAAUAUGAAGCAAGCGUAA